CCUCAAGCACUGCACGAGUCAGCACGACUACGUAUCGUCUCCCUGUACCCCUUCCUCGUCACAGUGUCUACCGCAGUUCGGCUUUUUGGUGAAGGUUACCAACAGUUUACUGAUGGCCUCAGAUCAACAGAGAAACGAGCCAUCCCAUGCAGGCCAGGGAGACACAGCACUGUAUCGGGAGGUCGAACGAGCAAGGCACGCCGCUAUGCGGCGAUUGCACAACGAGCAGGUACCUUUGAAGAAGAUAGCCAAAUUUUUCGGUUGUUCCAAACGGACUGUGCGCCGCGUCUGCACAAAUGACAGAGGCGAGGACUUGAGCGAAGACCAACACUACGUGGAGAGUUGGGAUGCGACCGUGACGGAUGUUGAUGCCCUCGAUCAUACUCCUUUGUGGUCUCUGCACGAGGCAGGUUCAGCGAGGGCGGAUCUGCAUCCCGGACAUCAAAGCCACGCAAAGGGAGAGGAGGAGAGCGACGACAUAGGACUUGAAAGUUCGGGCGAGUCUGAUCAGCCCGAUGAUGAUCCUGACUAUACCGCUCCUGAUCCCGAACCUCCGAGUUGGCUGCUGAGCGAGAGGAGGGUGUCAGCGAGACUUCGCCAAGAGCCAGCACCAUAUGUGCGGACGUCGCUUUCGCCCGAUGCAGUCCUCCGCAUGCCCCGCUACCGCUCGAAGCCUACUGGCAGCAGAAGGCACGUCACGGUCGCAGAGUCAGAUCCUUCAGGCUCUGCAGCCACACUGCAGCACAUGGGCCCUGCAUCUAUGUCCCGGGCCUUAUCAGUCUUGUUUCGGGGCACACUCCCCCCUUUAACCCCUUCACCUCCGCCUGAGUCACCGGGAAACAUGGGUAUGUCAUCACCACAGGGAAGAGCCGGCAGAGCUGCAACACCCCGUAUAAAUGGGCAGGUCCCAGGAGCGCGGAUAGAGUCGACUCAAGCCACAUUCAAAGUCCCCUUGCCCCUCCCGAGAACGCCACGAUCGACGCAAUCCCGAGCAGCGGCUUCCGGAGUUUUGUUUGGGCGAGGUACUUUCAUCACACGGCGCCGUCACGGUGCACCAUAUAGUACUUCCAAGUCCUCGACCGAAGGGCACGCCGGCGGCCAGCUGCCUCUCGAGAUAUCAUUACGCUGCCGUUGUGUGGUACCAACGAUUCAUUUCAGUCGGCUGGCAGCACCUGUCAGUCGUCAGUCACAAUCCUCUCAAGAAUCCAGCAGCCGCAGUAUUCAAGUUGGGACUCGGACCUUGCCAACCAAAAGACAACACGAUGCCAGUAGUAUCGCUGACGAACAUGGUGCUUGCGAGCCAGAUGGCUCCGCCGCUUUGCAGCGAGAAACAAAGCGCACCAAGCUCGGGCCGGGCGACUCGACGGCACGAGCACGAGAACCGCAGAUUAGUGCGGCUGUCGACAGCCCUCGCCCUACUACCUCUGAUGUAGUAGCCGAUACACGGAAUGUGACGUCCGAGUCUCCUACACCCACGCCCAGUUCAAGCAGACAGGGUGUCGUACUUGAACGUCAACCGGCCGAGGGAGACAACGACGGUGUACCGCCGGCGAACAUCGCCAAGUCGGAAGCGGAUGUCGAGCAUCCUCAGAGUGGCGGCAGCACUCCGGCUCCCGCAGCACCGUCCCGGGCGCCGCCGCGUACGAGCACUGCGCAACGGGGUACCAUAUCAACAGAGGGUGCGACCAUACAUGCAUCCCGCAAUGUCCUGUUACCUCCUGCAGCACUAUCUGGGUCAUCGAGUCUCCAUCCGAGCCAGUCGCCGGAUACCUGCGAGGGUUGGCCUAGUAGCCAGCUGUCGCCUAUCGCAGCGAGAUCCACAGCCCCAGGAUCGCAUGGCGGGAGAGAGGAAAGAGUCGAUCGCGCAGGCCCACCCAGAGAUAGUGUUGGCAGCGCCAGCUCGACCCAGACUCUUUCUCCGGAUACACCACCUGCUAGCGCAGCCCAUAAGAGCGCGUCUGCAGCACGCGACAACAUUGAUCCCGAUGUCCGACGCUACCUUGAAUCGCUCGGAUUUGCGCCGGAGAUGUACGCGAGCAAGUUGGAGGUUGUCGGGCUGAAAAAUGGAGCCAUCAUCAAUGCUAUCAAGAACUUCGUGCCGGAGAGUCGAAAAGACAAGCUAGAGGAGGAUUUACAGAGACUCGCGGGGUUGACGGUUGGGGAGUCGAUCGGAAAGUACGAACCUCAGACCCCAGGCCUGCGGGCGCGUAGCGCCCGCAGCGUGUGGCGUCCGGCGAACUCCGGGCGCAUCGCUCCGGUUCGUAACGCAGCGAUUCCGCUCUGAUUCCGUUCGUAGCGUAGCAAUCCCACUCGUAGCGGAGCGCGAUUCUGGUCGCAUUCCAGUCGUGGUGUGUGGCGAGUCGAGGACCGGCGUGCAAGCACCUGGACCUUACGAUUAUCCGGUCUGAUUAGCCAUCAUUGCCCGGGUGGGUAAUCACGGCUAAGGUGCCCGCGUGUAGCAUUCCUAUUGUACCCGCGGUUCCACCAUAGUACCCCUCGCUCAUUUCCCCGAUUCAGUAUGGAAGGCUCCC